AGGAAGGCGUUUGCGAUUGGUGAAGAAUAUUUAGGAGUAAACUCAACCUAAUCGAAAUGUAUGCCGAAUACGAAACAAAAAGAGUUUUUCGCAUAAUUUUGAUAACAUUGGAAUAUCUUGGACUCUAUCCAGCCAAAAAUGCUGGCGUAUUGUAUUAUAUUUACUCAUUCCUUCUAAACAUUAUUGUGACAGUAUACUAUCCGAUCACCAUGGUUGCCAACCUGUUUUUGUUGGAAGAUACGAGUCAGCUAUUCGGGAAUGCAUCAGUAACUUUUGCAGAUGCAAUGUCAGCCAUGAAGUCAUUGAAUACAUUUUUCAAGCGCAAGCAGCUUCGUCGAAUUAAUGAGCUUCUGGAAGAUUUCGAUAGACGUGUGGAGGAAGUUAACGAUCACGAUGAGCAGAGAUAUUUGGCAGGAAUCAUUAGGACUGCCAAUCGGAUCCUGCUUAGCUACUUCAUCCCAUUCACUGGUGCCGCGCUCACAUGUUUUUUACCUGCUGCCUUUUCGGAAAAUAGACGGCUGCUCUACAGCGCGUGGUUUCCCUUCGAUUGGAAAAACUCUGAUACUGCAUAUUAUAUUAUUAUCUUCUACCAGCUUAUUGGAAUUUGGAUUAAUAUUUACCAGAGUAUGCUAUGUGACUCUUAUCCCGGCUUGUAUUUGUGGAUUCUAAAAGGACAUUUCCAUGCCCUCAACAUUAGAGUGUCGAAAAUUGGACAUGAUCUACGGAAAACCGGUGAAGACUACUAUCAGGAACUGAAGAAAUGUAUUGGGGACCAUAAGAAAAUACUGGAGUAUCGCGACGUUUUUGAAGAGACUUUUAGUGAAGUUCUACUCAUGCAGUUCUUCGUAACUGAGUUGACCCUUUGCAUCACGGCCGUUUACGUUUUCUACGUUGAUAGUAUGGGGGAAAUUAUUUACAUGGGGGUGUAUUUUUUGUGCAUGGCCAGUGAGAUAUUUUUGCCCUGUUACUGUGGAAAUGAAGUCUUUUAUGAAAAUGAACAAUUCACUGAUGCGUUAUACUCCUGCAAUUGGUUGGAUCAAGAUAAAAAAUUUAAGCAGGCAUUGCUAUUCACUAUGCAAAUUGCAAAAGAGCCCAUUGUCAUAUAUGCUGGCGGGGUCAUAAAGAUUUUGCCUUCAACUUUAUUUGCGGUUUUCAAGAGCACUUACUCACUGUUUACAAUCGUAAAUCAAAAGCGUUAA